AUGUUACCAUAUUUAUAUGCUAUAUUAUUAUUAUUGGUGAUUAUUUCAAUUGUCAAUGCUGGUCAAAAAGUUUGCCCUGGUUAUGGAUUUAUUAAACCACCGAAGAAUUGUAAAUCAACAUGCUCAACACUAAAAGAUAGGUGUCCGAAAGGCAAAAAAUGUUGUUUUCGUAUGCAACAACCAUGUGGUUAUCAUUGUGUUAUACCUAAAGAUAAUCAACCAAAACCAGGCAAAUGUCCAUUACCUAACAGCAAACAAAAAGGUCGAAAUUGGUACGUAUGUGAUCUACAUUUUUGUGAUGUUGAUAAUGAUUGCAGGGGUACUGCAAAAUGUUGUUACAAUACAUGUCAUGUACCAAUAUGUAUUGAACCACAAGCCUCCAAAAAGGUAUUCACUUAA